ACCGGCGGUGCAUUUUAAUAUCCGAACACACCCGCCUAACAGUAUUUUCAUUUCUCAUCAGCAAGUGUGGUUCAUGAAUGUAUAUGUGUGUAUACAUGUUUUAAUCACUCGAACACAUCAAUACGCUGGUAUUUUAGAUCUGACCAAAUUUUUUAACAAUUCUUAAGCAAUAUCAAAAUCAAGAAAUAUGCAGAAAGUUAUGGACUUAGCAGUUGUUGAUGUAAAGUCUCCGGAUUGUAUAUUGGUCCGAGAAGUACCGAGUGCCUCUCCUUCACAGAAUCUCGAAACUUUCAAAGAAAUGUCUGAAGAGAUGAAUGACUAUUUCAGUGACCAGUACUUGGUCUUUGAUGUUCAUUAUCCAAAGAACAACGAGAUCUGUGCUGCCCUCAUUGCAAAGCAUGGCAGAUGGCAUCGUGUGCGGAUCAAACAAAUACUUUCUUCUCUUCGUGGAACAAAAGUUAGCUGCUUCUUGCUGGACACUGGCAAAUUGGAGACAAUACAGGUACAAAACAUCCGGCAAAUUCCAGUCAAAUUCCUUGAGGUGCCAUUCCAAGUGAAGACUUUUGUUUUACUGGGUGUCCAGCCUCUCACUCUCAGCAUCAAUUCUGAUAUACAGGCUGUGCAAAGGCCUUGCAAAGUAUGGGAUAAAUCUGUAACAACAUUUAUGAGGGAUUUAUUUACGGAGGCCUGCAAGAUCCAAGCUAUUGUGAAGACCGAAAAAGCAUCUCGUCUUUUUGGUGACCUCUACCUGAAGAUACCAGGCAAGGAGUUUCUUGUGUCCUUGAAUGAUCGUCUUGUACAGGAGAAAUAUGCUAUCUUUCGAUCUGGUCACAUCUCGAAUUUGUCUGAAGAAGAACCAGAACAGAAUUCUGUAUCAUCUUCUGAAGAUAUGAGCAGCAGCAAAGUACGUGAUAGUCUCUCUCCAAUACCUUUGAAGAAUUGCCACAGUAAAGAAUCUGCCAAGUAUUACGGCUCAUUUCUGCCCGAUUCUUUAACUCCUGAUGAAGCCAUUGAAAGAAAGAAACCUGAAAGGUCACUGAAAGGUGUGUGUAACUCCCAUCGCUCACCAUCCAGCUUCAGACAAGUUUCUACAAGUUCUGAUAGCGACUCAUCACCUUCCAUUCACACCAGAAGGGGUUACAUACAAUAUUUAGAGAAAGUUAAAAGCCAGCGUCAGAAGUACAAUUCUCCGGAAUCGGUUUUACAUAGAGGAGACAGAGAGGGCGACAAAGAGAACACUGAUGGCAGUUCAAGUCCAUCCUUGACCGAAAGUGCUCCUCGACUUCCACAGCUUGAAGAUAUCCCAAAAGAGUCUCCAGACAUUUUGAGAAGUUCUAAGGAGCCUCAUAGGAAGAGUCAUCUUGGUAGUAGAGAAAAUAUCGAUAUAGCAACACCUUUUGCUUUGGCAGGAAGAGGACGGGGGCAAGGAAAAGGAAGAGGAAAGCUACUUAACUGGGGCCUGACUGCCUGUAAUAACAAUAAGGAUUCUCAUUCAAGGGUAUCUUGCUUGAGAAAAUCGAAAAUGAUAACACCGGUCACUAACCAGGACGUUUCAGAUCAGAAGGUCAGUCAGCAUUUACAUAACACCAGUGGUCAGUCAUCGUCAGACCAUAGCAGAAUUGGGAAAGCUAAUAAGUGGAACAGUUCUGCAAUGAAUUCGCAGGGAUCUUGUUCCAGUGAUUACAAUCAUGGGAAUAGUUUGGACGAAGAAGAAAUAAUUAGGGGACAGUCUGUGAUUGGAGAUGUAUUGCCAUCAGGUAGGGGUGAUAGUGACCGUGCAGGCAGCAGGAUUCAUAAGAUUAAUCGGAUUUUAGGGAACCAUAAUAAAAUCUCGUCAAAUGAUCAUCAUUAAGGUCUAUUCCGACUUUGGAGGAAAUUUCUUCGGAUGGG